AUGCCUCCAGUCGUAUUCAUAUCAACUCCAGAAGAGCUCUCUGUCGUGCUAGCAACGUUCGACGACCUGCCAGUAUCCCCACCAAGUCUGUACAUCGAUCUGGAAGGCGCGAAGCUCAGCAGGAAUGGUUCGAUCGCACUACUAACCCUGUAUGUCCUCCCCAAGGAGACUGUGUAUCUCAUCGACAUCCAUACUCUAGGCGCUCGCGCAUUCUCAACACCUGCCAUCGCAGCAACAGCAAGCGUGACUGCGCCUCUUGAUACUACGCCCAGCACAACAAACCUCACUGAAGACGCUGGAAAGCCUUCCACAACCCUGAAGUCUAUCUUGGAAUCACCAGCAAUCCCCAAGGUCUUCUUCGAUGUACGCAACGACUCCGACGCCCUCUUCUCCCACUACGCCAUCUCCCUCUCCUGCAUCCACGACAUCCAACUCAUGGAGCUAGCAACUACUACACGCGGCUCCCGUGAACACCUCCUGGGCUUGGGCAAAGCGAUCGACUAUAAUGCCUCACGCCUGAAUAUAACGCCGAUGCAGAGGCAAGUCUGCAGCGCCAUCAAAGAGGCUGGUGUCAGGCUCUUCGCUCCGGAGCGAGGUGGCAGAUAUGCGGUCUUUGAAGAGAGGCCGCUGAGCCAAGCAAUCAAGGAUUACUACAAGACAAUGUCAACACACGCCGCACAACUGCUCGAGCAGCAACUCUUCACUGCCAUCAAGACACAAAUCAUCAGUCUAGCAACGCCUCUUUACGGCACAAGAUCAGAAGACGCGUCAAAAGUCUAUGAUGUAGUCACCUACAGCAUGACUACCAACGAUGGUGGCAGUAGCAACGAUAGCAGAAGCACCUUCAACACUGCUAGCACCAGCAGCAACAACGAUGGUGAAGAGAGAACAGGGCCGACCUACGGCGUGGCUUUGAUUCUCUACACUGGCCCUUCAAGUUCGCCAUUCACAUCAUGGACACUGAUCAGCCAUGUGGAGGAUCAGCCCGACAUCAUCACUGGGGCGAAUUGUCUGUUGGAGGACUUGAGGAAGGGGAUGGGUGGAGUUAUUAGUAAUUGGGGGAUGAAACAUGGGAGGAUUCCCAACGUUGCGGGUGUGAGCGAAGGAGGGCAGGAGGGUGAAGAGGAAGUCGAGCAUGAGCAUGGGGGCGAAGGAGGGGACAAUAUGGACGUCAGGCGUGGCGCUGAAGGAGGCGGCGGCAGACUGGACGAUGCCAGCGAAGACCUGGAGCAGACCGGCCGGAGUCCAAGGUUGUCGACCAUCAUCGAGGAGAUGUAG